AUGCUGCAGAUUCAGUUGCACGAAGCGAGGAACCUGAAACGCGUGCUCAAGCGCCGGACGAAGAUCGCUAUGAUGGAGGACAUGCUGGGGAUGAAGCGCCACAAGAUGAUUGACUACAGUGUUCCAGAAGACAACUCCGAGGUCUUCGAGGACAUGCUGCGAGACAUCGACGAGCUUUAUGUCGACUUGGCGGACCGUGUCCAAUUUCACUCUCAGUACAUCGAGGAGUCGAGCAACACCAUCAAGACCAGCGUCUUCGCCGAGACGGACAGCUUGGGGGACGUCAGAGGGGCUCAGUUUCGAAAGGUGAUCCAGAAGUAUGUGGAGAAGGGCCGCGUGGUUUUCAUCUGCAAGGCGCUUAUGGAGCCCGUGCUCUUCAACGCUGGCAAGAACUCAGGGUUCCACACCCGGACGACGCUGCGCAUCGUCCUCCGAGAAGAGUGCUCUCAGUCAGGAGUGGAAAAUGCCGUGACUCGGAUUGAGAGCCACUUCAGCGCCACACGCUAUGACCAAGGCCUGCCCGGUGCCGGGGCUAUUCGCACUUCACCCAACCUGGAUAUUGGCAUCGCUGCGUGGGACGAAGCUAUUACUCGAAUCGCGCACCAAGUCGAGAGCUUAGCGAUCGACGAGUCGUGUGAUAAGUCGAGCUCUUCUCCUGACUGCCAGGCUGCGAUUCUACAAUAGAAAGCGCAGAGGUUUGGUGCAACAAAUCUAAUUCAAUCACGUCAGCCUUAGAGAAGAGGAAUGUACAUGUAUUACUU